AUGGCAAGCUACAACUCUCUGAAUGCCCCUCAGCACCAGGGCACGCCUUACGGAUCUGGCGAUCCUUACUACAAUGAGUCCUCUGGUUUCAUCACUCCUCACCCUGCCCCCAAAAGGCGCACAAGCAACUGGAUCAAGUUCGGUAUCCCUGUCCUUUUAAUUGUCAUCAUUGGCGCUGUGGUAGGUGGUGUUGUUGGCUCCCGCAAGAGCAAAGACAACACCAGCAGUGCAGGCAGCAACAAGGCCAACUCUGGAGAUCCGGCAGCUGCAGCUAGCUCUGCAGUCAGCGCCAAGCUCGCAAUUGGCAGAUUCGCUACGGCUACUAACUCUGAAUUUAUGGUCCCAGUCUACCCUGCAACGACAAACACCGCUGCUUUCACUACGCCGACCUUUAUUCCCUCUAGCAACGCAAAAAUCGCCUGGCCGGCCGAUCCUUUCAAACCAACGAACCCCAACGUUCUUAGUGUUCGACCCGACCGCCCUCGCCUCAUUGCUCCUCAGUACAAGUGGCAGGCCCUUCCUAAUUUAAUCCAAAACGAUCCAUACCUACAGGGAUGGAACGCGACUAUUUUUGGCAAUGCUACUGCAUACUACAGCCUACCCCCGGUCCAGUACUUUAUGGACAAUUCCAGCGGUAUUCUUGACAAUGCCCGCGAGGUAAAGAUGAGAGUCAAAGCCUUCGCCUAUGCCUACCGCAUGAGCAACGACACCAAGUGGGUAGAUCGUGCUUGGGUUGAAAUUGCGAACGCUGCUGGUAAUGGUACAACCGUCUUUGGGCCUGAAGUAGACAGGUGGAACAAUGGCCACUUUUUGGAUUCCGCCGAGUUUGCUGCUGCAUAUGCAAUUGCGUAUGAUUGGCUCUACGAUAUGUGGUCGGAUACUCAAAAGAGUCAGAUGAGGUCCACGGUCAUUAAGUACGCUCUGCAACCUGGUGCUCAAGUGUUCAAUGGUGGAACCUCCUUUGGCUGGUGGUCAGAAAAUACCACUGGAAAUUGGAAUUGCGUCUGCAAUGGAGGUUUGACUCUGGCCGCCCUUGCAAUCCUUGGUGAUGACACGACCGGAGUUGCGCAAACUCUUCUCGGAUCUACUGUCAACAAUGCGAAGCAAAACUGUGCCCAAGCUGUCGCUGAUGAUGGUACAUGGGCUGAAACCACAAACUACUGGUAUUUCGGCACUACUGGGCACGCCGAGAUGUCGUCCGCGUUGAUUACGGCGACUGGAUCGGAUUACGGACUUUUGGAUAGCAAUACCAACUUCUUCAAGACCGGGCUAUUCCAUAUGUACGCGUACGGACCCACCUCACUCUUCAACUACGGUGACCAUGGCCCGAACAAAUACUCUACUACGGCCAACUCGAUGUUCUUGUAUGCUCAGCAUUUUACGCAACCUGCAUUCUCUCUAUUCCAACGCGAGCAGGCGGACGCCGCUGAACCAUGGAGUAUGUUCUGGUACGACCCCACAGUUUCGGGAGCGUUCUGGGAUGGACAGCCCCUCGAUCAUUUCUUUGAUAAUCAACUUGAUCAAUGGGCAUCGAUGAGGAGCAGUUGGACAGAUCAAACUGCAUUGUUUGUCGCCAUCAAAGCUGGACAAAAUUCAAACCACCAAACCCACAAUGACCUUGACGCAGGCGACUUUGUGCUUGAUGCACUUGGCACGCGCUGGGCAGGAGAAUUGGGUUCGGCAGACUACAACGCUCCGGGCUACUUCAACAGCCCUGCUCAAGACUCUGAUCGCUGGAAGUACUACAGAAAGAUGACUGAGGGACAAAACACUAUUCUGAUCAACCGGGCCAAUCAAAAUGUGAACAAUGCGCCGUCAAUCAAACACGACACCUCGGGCACGACGCAGGGAUCGAGUACGGUAUUUAAUGUUCCGUCUGACUCGACGGCGUUCUGGACAUCUGACCUUACUUCGUCAUACAACGAUGCGACAAGUGUAAAACGCGGCAUUCGGCUGCUCAAUGGACGCAAGCAGGUUCUCCUGCAAGACGAGGUGACGGCAUCACAGGGAGUACAGUGGCGGAUGCACACGAACGCGACGGUGGUUGUGGAUGGGACGACAGCUACGCUGACGAUAGACGACAAGAAGAUGGUUGUGUCGAUACUGAAUGCACCGGACGGGGCAGGAUUCAGUACGUCGGAUGCAGUGCGAUUCGACACAGAUCCUACACCGCCCAUCCCCGACCAGCCGAACCCUGGGGUGACGGUGCUCAUCAUCGACCUACCAGCGGGGACAUACUCGUUGCAGGUGCUGUUCAACCCACAGUGGCCAGGGAUGGCGGCAAGCGAGUUUGUUACACCGCGGUCUGUGGCACUAGAUGCAUGGUCGUUGACGAGCCACAACUGA